AUGAGUCCAACGGUGGCCCCCUUGGUGCUGUCAGGGAACACCAGCGCCCAGAGGGGACAAUGGGAGCUGGGUCUGCCGGGCGCCGACCACGGAGGGAACACCAGCGCCCAGAGGGGACAAUGGGAGCUGGGUCUGCCGGGCGCGGACCACGGAGGGAACACCAGCGCCCAGAGGGGACAAUGGGAGCUGGGUCUGCCGGGCGCCGACCACGGAGGGAACACCAGCGCCCAGAGGGGACAAUGGGAGCUGGGUCUGCCGGGCGCCGACCACGGAGGGAACACCAGCGCCCAGAGGGGACAAUGGGAGCAGGGUCUGCCGGGCGCGGACCACGGAGGGAACACCAGCGCCCAGAGGGGACAAUGGGAAUUGGGUCUGCCGGGCGCGGACCACGGAGGGAACACCAGCGCCCAGAGGGGACAAUGGGAGCUGGGUCUGCCGGGCGCCGACCACGGAGGGAACACCAGCGCCCAGAGGGGACAAUGGGAGCUGGGUCUGCCGGGCGCGGACCACGGAGGGAACACCAGCGCCCAGAGGGGACAAUGGGAGCUGGGUCUGCCGGGCGCCGACCACGGAGGGAACACCAGCGCCCAGAGGGGACAAUGGGAGCUGGGUCUGCCGGGCGCGGACCACGGAGGGAACACCAGCGCCCAGAGGGGACAAUGGGAGCUGGGUCUGCCGGGCGCCGACCACGGAGGGAACACCAGCGCCCAGAGGGGACAAUGGGAGCUGGGUCUGCCGGGCGCUGACCACGGAGGGAACACCAGCGCCCAGAGGGGACAAUGGGAGCUGGGUCUGCUGGGCGCAGACCACGGAUGGUACACCAGCGCCCAGAGGGGACAAUGGGAGCUGGGUCUGCCGGGCGCUGACCACGGAGGGAACACCAGCGCCCAGAGGGGACAAUGGGAGCUGGGGAACACCAGCGCCCAGAGGGGACAAUGGGAGCUGGGUCUGCCGGGCGCCGACCACGGAGGGAACACCAGCGCCCAGAGGGGACAAUGGGAGCUGGGUCUGCCGGGCGCGGACCACGGAGGGAACACCAGCGCCCAGAGGGGACAAUGGGAGCUGGGUCUGCCGGGCGCUGACCACGGAGGGAACACCAGCGCCCAGAGGGGACAAUGGGAGCUGGGUCUGCCGGGCGCCGACCACGGAGGGAACACCAGCGCCCAGAGGGGACAAUGGGAGCUGGGUCUGCCGGGCGCGGACCACGGAGGGAACACCAGCGCCCAGAGGGGACAAUGGGAGCUGGGUCUGCCGGGCGCCGACCACGGAGGGAACACCAGCGCCCAGAGGGGACAAUGGGAGCUGGGUCUGCCGGGCGCGGACCACGGAGGGAACACCAGCGCCCAGAGGGGACAAUGGGAGCUGGGUCUGCCGGGCGCUGACCACGGAGGGAACACCAGCGCCCAGAGGGGACAAUGGGAGCUGGGUCUGCCGGGCGCCGACCACGGAGGGAACACCAGCGCCCAGAGGGGACAAUGGGAGCUGGGUCUGCCGGGCGCCGACCACGGAGGGAACACCAGCGCCCAGAGGGGACAAUGGGAGCUGGGUCUGCCGGGCGCCGACCACGGAGGGAACACCAGCGCCCAGAGGGGACAAUGGGAGCUGGGUCUGCCGGGCGCGGACCACGGAGGGAACACCAGUGCCCAGAGGGGACAAUGGGAGCUGGGUCUGCCGGGCGCCGACCACGGAGGGAACACCAGCGCCCAGAGGGGACAAUGGGAGCUGGGUCUGCCGGGCGCCGACCACGGAGGGAACACCAGCGCCCAGAGGGGACAAUGGGAGCAGGGUCUGCCGGGCGCCGACCACGGAGGGAACACCAGCGCCCAGAGGGGACAAUGGGAAUUGGGGAACACCAGCGCCCAGAGGGGACAAUGGGAGCUGGGUCUGCCGGGCGCCGACCACGGAGGGAACACCAGCGCCCAGAGGGGACAAUGGGAGCUGGGUCUGCCGGGCGCGGACCACGGAGGGAACACCAGCGCCCAGAGGGGACAAUGGGAGCUGGGUCUGCCGGGCGCCGACCACGGAGGGAACACCAGCGCCCAGAGGGGACAAUGGGAGCUGGGUCUGCCGGGCGCCGACCACGGAGGGAACACCAGCGCCCAGAGGGGACAAUGGGAGCAGGGUCUGCCGGGCGCGGACCACGGAGGGAACACCAGCGCCCAGAGGGGACAAUGGGAAUUGGGUCUGCCGGGCACGGACCACGGAGGGAACACCAGCGCCCAGAGGGGACAAUGGGAGCUGGGUCUGCCGGGCGCCGACCACGGAGGGAACACCAGCGCCCAGAGGGGACAAUGGGAGCUGGGUCUGCCGGGCGCGGACCACGGAGGGAACACCAGCGCCCAGAGGGGACAAUGGGAGCUGGGUCUGCCGGGCGCCGACCACGGAGGGAACACCAGCGCCCAGAGGGGACAAUGGGAGCUGGGUCUGCCGGGCGCGGACCACGGAGGGAACACCAGCGCCCAGAGGGGACAAUGGGAGCUGGGUCUGCCGGGCGCCGACCACGGAGGGAACACCAGCGCCCAGAGGGGACAAUGGGAGCUGGGUCUGCCGGGCGCUGACCACGGAGGGAACACCAGCGCCCAGAGGGGACAAUGGGAGCUGGGUCUGCUGGGCGCGGACCACGGAUGGUACACCAGCGCCCAGAGGGGACAAUGGGAGCUGGGUCUGCCGGGCGCUGACCACGGAGGGAACACCAGCGCCCAGAGGGGACAAUGGGAGCUGGGUCUGCCGGGCGCCGACCACGGAGGGAACACCAGCGCCCAGAGGGGACAAUGGGAGCUGGGUCUGCCGGGCGCGGACCACGGAGGGAACACCAGCGCCCAGAGGGGACAAUGGGAGCUGGGUCUGCCGGGCGCCGACCACGGAGGGAACACCAGCGCCCAGAGGGGACAAUGGGAGCUGGGUCUGCCGGGCGCGGACCACGGAGGGAACACCAGCGCCCAGAGAGGACAAUGGGAGCUGGGUCUGCCGGGCGCCGACCACGGAGGGAACACCAGCGCCCAGAGGGGACAAUGGGAGCUGGGUCUGCCGGGCGCCGACCACGGAGGGAACACCAGCGCCCAGAGGGGACAAUGGGAGCUGGGUCUGCCGGGCGCGGACCACGGAGGGAACACCAGCGCCCAGAGGGGACAAUGGGAGCUGGGUCUGCCGGGCGCCGACCACGGAGGGAACACCAGCGCCCAGAGGGGACAAUGGGAGCUGGGUCUGCCGGGCGCGGACCACGGAGGGAACACCAGCGCCCAGAGGGGACAAUGGGAGCUGGGUCUGCCGGGCGCUGACCACGGAGGGAACACCAGCGCCCAGAGGGGACAAUGGGAGCUGGGUCUGCCGGGCGCCGACCACGGAGGGAACACCAGCGCCCAGAGGGGACAAUGGGAGCUGGGUCUGCCGGGUGCGGACCACGGAGGGAACACCAGCGCCCAGAGGGGACAAUGGGAGCUGGGUCUGCCGGGCGCUGACCACGGAGGGAACACCAGCGCCCAGAGGGGACAAUGGGAGCUGGGGAACACCAGCGCCCAGAGGGGACAAUGGGAGCUGGGUCUGCCGGGCGCCGACCACGGAGGGAACACCAGCGCCCAGAGGGGACAAUGGGAGCUGGGUCUGCCGGGCGCCGACCACGGAGGGAACACCAGCGCCCAGAGGGGACAAUGGGAGCUGGGUCUGCCGGGCGCCGACCACGGAGGGAACACCAGCGCCCAGAGGGGACAAUGGGAGCUGGGUCUGCCGGGCGCCGACCACGGAGGGAACACCAGCGCCCAGAGGGGACAAUGGGAGCUGGGUCUGCCGGGCGCGGACCACGGAGGGAACACCAGCGCCCAGAGGGGACAAUGGGAGCUGGGUCUGCCGGGCGCCGACCACGGAGGGAACACCAGCGCCCAGAGGGGACAAUGGGAGCUGGGUCUGCCGGGCGCCGACCACGGAGGGAACACCAGCACCCAGAGGGGACAAUGGGAGCUCGGUCUGCCGGGCGCGGACCACGGAUGGAACACCAGCGCCCAGAGGGGACAAUGGGAGCUGGGUCUGCUGGGCGUGGACCACGGAUGGUACACCAGCGCCCAGAGGGGACAAUGGGAGCUGGGUCUGCCGGGCGCUGACCACGGAGGGAACACCAGCGCCCAGAGGGGACAAUGGGAGCUGGGGAACACCAGCGCCCAGAGGGGACAAUGGGAGCUGGGUCUGCCGGGCGCCGACCACGGAGGGAACACCAGCGCCCAGAGGGGACAAUGGGAGCUCGGUCUGCCGGGCGCGGACCACGGAUGGAACACCAGCGCCCAGAGGGGACAAUGGGAGCUGGGUCUGCUGGGCGCGGACCACGGAUGGUACACCAGCGCCCAGAGGGGACAAUGGGAGCUGGGUCUGCCGGGCGCUGACCACGAAGGGAACACCAGCGCCCAGACGGGACAAUGGGAGCUGGGUCUGCCGGGCGCGGACCACGGAGGGAACACCAGCGCCCAGAGGGGACAAUGGGAGCUGGGUCUGCCGGGCGCCGACCACGGAGGGAACACCAGCGCCCAGAGGGGACAAUGGGAGCUGGGUCUGCCGGGCGCCGACCACGGAGGGAACACCAGCGCCCAGAGGGGACAAUGGGAGCUGGGUCUGCCGGGCGCCGACCACGGAGGGAACACCAGCGCCCAGAGGGGACAAUGGGAGCUGGGUCUGCCGGGCGCCGACCACGGUGGGAACACCAGCGCCCAGAGGGGACAAUGGGAGCUGGGUCUGCCGGGCGCGGACCACGGAGGGAACACCAGCGCCCAGAGGGGACAAUGGGAGCUGGGUCUGCCGGGCGCCGACCACGGAGGGAACACCAGCGCCCAGAGGGGACAAUGGGAGCUGGGUCUGCCGGGCGCGGACCACGGAGGGAACACCAGCGCCCAGAGGGGACAAUGGGAGCUGGGUCUGGCGGGUGCGGACCACGGAGGGAACACCAGCGCCCAGAGGGGACAAUGGGAGCUGGGUCUGCCGGGCGCGGACCACGGAGGGAACACCAGCGCCCAGAGGGGACAAUGGGAGCUGGGUCUGCCGGGCGCGGACCACGGAGGGAACACCAGCGCCCAGAGGGGACAAUGGGAGCUGGGUCUGCCGGGCGCCGACCACGGAGGGAACACCAGCGCCCAGAGGGGACAAUGGGAGCUGGGUCUGCCGGGCGCCGACCACGGAGGGAACACCAGCGCCCAGAGGGGACAAUGGGAGCUGGGUCUGCCGGGCGCCGACCACGGAGGGAACACCAGCGCCCAGAGGGGACAAUGGGAGCUGGGGAACACCAGCGCCCAGAGGGGACAAUGGGAGCUGGGUCUGCCGGGCGCCGACCACGGAGGGAACACCAGCGCCCAGAGGGGACAAUGGGAGCUGGGUCUGCCGGGCGCGGACCACGGAGGGAACACCAGCGCCCAGAGGGGACAAUGGGAGCUGGGUCUGCCGGGCGCGGACCACGGAGGGAACACCAGCGCCCAGAGGGGACAAUGGGAGCUGGGUCUGCCGGGCGCCGACCACGGAGGGAACACCAGCGCCCAGAGGGGACAAUGGGAGCUGGGUCUGCCGGGCGCGGACCACGGAGGGAACACCAGCGCCCAGAGGGGACAAUGGGAGCUGGGUCUGCCGGGCGCGGACCACGGAGGGAACACCAGCGCCCAGAGGGGACAAUGGGAGCUGGGUCUGCCGGGCGCCGACCACGGAGGGAACACCAGCGCCCAGAGGGGACAAUGGGAGCUGGGUCUGCCGGGCGCGGACCACGGAGGGAACACCAGCGCCCAGAGGGGACAAUGGGAGCUGGGUCUGCCGGGCGCGGACCACGGAUGGAACACCAGCGCCCAGAGGGGACAAUGGGAGCUGGGUCUGCCGGGCGCCGACCACGGAGGGAACACCAGCGCCCAGAGGGGACAAUGGGAGCUGGGUCUGCCGGGCGCGGACCACGGAGGGAACACCAGCGCCCAGAGGGGACAAUGGGAGCUGGGUCUGCCGGGCGCCGACCACGGAGGGAACACCAGCGCCCAGAGGGGACAAUGGGAGCUGGGUCUGCCGGGCGCCGACCACGAAGGGAACACCAGCGCCCAGAGGGGACAAUGGGAGCUGGGUCUGCCGGGCGCCGACCACGGAGGAAACACCAGCGCCCAGAGGGGACAAUGGGAGCUGGGUCUGCCGGGCGCGGACCACGGAGGGAACACCAGCGCCCAGAGGGGACAAUGGGAGCUGGGUCUGCCGGGCGCCGACCACGGAGGGAACACCAGCGCCCAGAGGGGACAAUGGGAGCUGGGUCUGCCGGGCGCCGACCACGGAGGGAACACCAGCGCCCAGAGGGGACAAUGGGAGCUGGGUCUGCCGGGCGCGGACCACGGAGGGAACACCAGCGCCCAGAGGGGACAAUGGGAGCUGGGUCUGCCGGGUGCCGACCACAGAGGGAACACCAGCGCCCAGAGGGGACAAUGGGAGCUGGGUCUGCCGGGCGCCGACCACGGAGGGAACACCAGCGCCCAGAGGGGACAAUGGGAGCUGGGUCUGCCGGGCGCCGACCACGGAGGGAACACCAGCGCCCAGAGGGGACAAUGGGAGCUGGGUCUGCCGGGCGCCGACCACGGAGGGAACACCAGCGCCCAGAGGGGACAAUGGGAGCUGGGUCUGCCGGGCGCCGACCACGGAGGGAACACCAGCGCCCAGAGGGGACAAUGGGAGCUGGGUCUGCCGGGCGCCGACCACGGAGGGAACACCAGCGCCCAGAGGGGACAAUGGGAGCUGGGUCUGCUGGGCACGGACCACGGAUGGUACACCAGCGCCCAGAGGGGACAAUGGGAGCUGGGUCUGCCGGGCGCCGACCACGGAGGGAACACCAGCGCCCAGAGGGGACAAUGGGAGCUGGGGAACACCAGCGCCCAGAGGGGACAAUGGGAGCUGGGUCUGCCGGGCGCGGACCACGGAGGGAACACCAGCGCCCAGAGGGGACAAUGGGAGCUGGGUCUGCCGGGCGCGGACCACGGAGGGAACACCAGCGCCCAGAGGGGACAAUGGGAGCUGGGUCUGCCGGGCGCGGGCCACGGAGGGAACACCAGCGCCCAGAGGGGACAAUGGGAGCUGGGUGUGCCGGGCGCCGACCACGGAGGGAACACCAGCGCCCAGAGGGGACAAUGGGAGCUGGGUCUGCCGGGCGCCGACCACGGAGGGAACACCAGCGCCCAGAGGGGACAAUGGGAGCUGGGUCUGCCGGGCGCCGACCACGGAGGGAACACCAGCGCCCAGAGGGGACAAUGGGAGCUGGGUCUGCCGGGCGCGGACCACGGAGGGAACACCAGCGCCCAGAGGGGACAAUGGGAGCUGGGUCUGCCGGGCGCGGACCACGGAGGGAACACCAGCGCCCAGAGGGGACAAUGGGAGCUGGGUCUGCCGGGCGCCGACCACGGAGGGAACACCAGCGCCCAGAGGGGACAAUGGGAGCUGGGUCUGCCGGGCGCGGACCACGGAGGGAACACCAGCGCCCAGAGGGGACAAUGGGAGCUGGGUCUGCCAGGCGCCGACCACGGAGGGAACACCAGCGCCCAGAGGGGACAAUGGGAGCUGGGUCUGCCGGGCGCCGACCACGGAGGGAACACCAGCGCCCAGAGGGGACAAUGGGAGCUGGGGAACACCAGCGCCCAGAGGGGACAAUGGGAGCUGGGUCUGCCGGGCGCCGACCACGGAGGGAACACCAGCGCCCAGAGGGGACAAUGGGAGCUGGGUCUGCCGGGCGCGGACCACGGAGGGAACACCAGCGCCCAGAGGGGACAAUGGGAGCUGGGUCUGCCGGGCGCGGACCACGGAGGGAACACCAGCGCCCAGAGGGGACAAUGGGAGCUGGGUCUGCCGGGCGCCGACCACGGAGGGAACACCAGCGCCCAGAGGGGACAAUGGGAGCUGGGUCUGCCGGGCGCGGACCACGGAGGGAACACCAGCGCCCAGAGGGGACAAUGGGAGCUGGGUCUGCCGGGCGCCGACCACGGAGGGAACACCAGCGCCCAGAGGGGACAAUGGGAGCUGGGUCUGCCGGGCGCCGACCACGAAGGGAACACCAGCGCCCAGAGGGGACAAUGGGAGCUGGGUCUGCUGGGCGCCGACCACGGAGGGAACACCAGCGCCCAGAGGGGACAAUGGGAGCUGGGGAACACCAGCGCCCAGAGGGGACAAUGGGAGCUGGGUCUGCCGGGCGCCGACCACGGAGGGAACACCAGCGCCCAGAGGGGACAAUGGGAGCUGGGUCUGCCGGGCGCGGACCACGGAGGGAACACCAGCGCCCAGAGGGGACAAUGGGAGCUGGGUCUGCCGGGUGCCGACCACGGAGGGAACACCAGCGCCCAGAGGGGACAAUGGGAGCUGGGUCUGCCGGGCGCCGACCACGGAGGGAACACCAGCGCCCAGAGGGGACAAUGGGAGCUGGGUCUGCCGGGCGCCGACCACGGAGGGAACACCAGCGCCCAGAGGGGACAAUGGGAGCUGGGUCUGCCGGGCGCCGACCACGGAUGGUACACCAGCGCCCAGAGGGGACAAUGGGAGCUGGGUCUGCCGGGCGCCGACCACGGAGGGAACACCAGCGCCCAGAGGGGACAAUGGGAGCUGGGGAACACCAGCGCCCAGAGGGGACAAUGGGAGCUGGGUCUGCCGGGCGCCGACCACGGAGGGAACACCAGCGCCCAGAGGGGACAAUGGGAGCUGGGUCUGCCGGGCGCCGACCACGGAGGGAACACCAGCGCCCAGAGGGGACAAUGGGAGCUGGGUCUGCCGGGCGCCGACCACGGAGGGAACACCAGCGCCCAGAGGGGACAAUGGGAGCUGGGUCUGCCGGGCGCCGACCACGGAGGGAACACCAGCGCCCAGAGGGGACAAUGGGAGCUGGGUCUGCUGGGCGCGGACCACGGAUGGUACACCAGCGCCCAGAGGGGACAAUGGGAGCUUUGUCUGCCGGGCGCCGACCACGGAGGGAACACCAGCGCCCAGAGGGGACAAUGGGAGCUGGGGACGCAGAAACUGCAGCAAGCGCCGCAACAAGCUCCAACAACGAGAAAGAGCAGCCGGCGGAAGGACACACCGAAGAAGAAGACGGGAGCCGCCGCAACAACGCCGAAGCCCGCCGGUUCCGAGCAGCUCCACUUCGGCGAGUGGGCUAACGCAGCGUCCAGAACGCACAGGGGUGUGGGCUACGUCAUCCGCUACACGGGGGGAGACAGCCGCGGCCCUCACUGA